AUAUUGAGUAUCUUCACAUGCAAAAUGGACACAAACAAAAGGAGACUUAUUUCAAAUGUAACCACUAUUGAAGUAAAUGGAUGGAAAUCUAAAGACCGUCGUAACAUGAUGGUAAAGAAAAUUGCUGAACAUUUUCUCAAACGAGAUCCUCUCUCAUCAUGGACGCAAAACGUACCUAAGUUUUUGAAAUCUGUAGAAAGAUUUGAAGAAGAGGUUUUCGAUACUGCCAAAGAUGAGGCUGAGUACAUCACAAGAAUAUCAACAAAGAUGAAAACAAAGCCACCAUUUCAAAGUGAGGAAUGCAAUAUUUUGUCCUCACAAGUUUUUGGUUCAGAUGCUGAAUUUGGAGGAGAAAAAGAAGUAAGUGCAGAAUGGCAGGAACAAAUUUAUCAGAAGAUCCAAACAGCAAAAUGCAAAUAUUUCACAAAACUCAACAUUCUUUACAAAGGUUUGAGUAAAAGAUAUGAGCAGUUUCAGUCCCUUCCUCCAGAACCAAAGACACAUGACAUGAUAAAAUGUGAGCAUCAUAUGCGGGCAUUGGAAUUUACUUUUUCAGUCUUCAAAGCAAGCAAAAGAGAAAUUACUUCUGAUUUUGAGUCUAAAGUUCAUAAGAUGGAAAAAUAUAUACAAGUUAUUGAGCAACAUAAAAUUGUUCCUUCCAAAUCAAAAAUUGCUCAAGUGGGAGAGACAUCUACAAAUAAAGUAGAAGAAACAGAUAUAAAGAAACCAAUAACACAAGUAUUUAGCCCACAUAACUCCUAUUUUACAGUGCCAAUUUUUCAGCAAGUCACAAACCAAUUUUUCACUUCAUAUCCAGAAGAAGAGUACAUCAAACAACAAGGAUAUGGAAAUGUUGUGCAAGAACAAACAAGUGGUGAAAUCACACCUAUCAAUAGCAAUUCUACAAUUUUAACUCCACCCUUACUUGAAUAUUGCAAUAAAGUGAAAGAAAAUUUUCAAAAUCAUGGUUCCAUUUGUGAUGAUUCAAGCCCUGCGAUGCAACACUUGAUUAAAGUGUUGACUUCCAUAUCAGCAGAAGCCUUGGUGGCUUCUUGUGGAGAGAUUGGAAUGAUAUUCCAUUCGAGUGAUGAGAAUUCAACACUUGAACCACUAAAUGGACCACCAAUUGUUGUAGUUGACUCAAAGGGAGUUAUUGUGACGGAUUCACAAGCAAGAUAUUUGACUCGUAGCAAAUUUGGUCAAAGAGAAAUGAAAAUGAAUCGUUUUAUUAAUGCAAUGCCUAUAGGGGACAAUGUUAUGCAGGAAACUAAUUCAGAGAAACAUUUCUCAAAUUCAAGCAUUAUUCAGGAAAAUCAUACUCUUUUAGAAGAAAUAAAGGAUAUAAACAAGCAACUAAUAGACACUGAGGUAGCUCUUGACAAAAGUAAAAUCUUUCCGACUACUAUUGAAGAACGAAUUGCACUUGGUGGUGAAGGAUUAACUGUCAAAUUGUUUUUCAAUUCAGUGACUAUUAAUCUAAACUCAAUAUCAAAGCAUGAUCACAAAAAGCCAACAAUCAACCCACUUUGGUUGCACAUUCCAAGAAGCUACCCAAAUUGCUCAACUGUUAUUCUAGAUGAAACUCCAUCAGAAACAAGUGAGGACUUAGAGGAUCUAUCAAUUAAAGCCAAGUUGAAGUUAAAAUUCUCUCUUAGAAUGCUUAGUGAACCUUUGUCACUAAAGGAUAUUGCAAUGUCAUGGGAUCAUUGUGUUAGAGAAACAAUAUGUGAAUAUGCACAACUUCACGGUGGUGGAACCUUCACUUCAAAAUAUGGAGGAUGGGAGAAUUAUCUUGAUGAUAGUUAAAGAAGUUUAUAUAUUCUUAUUAAUUUAACUUCAAAAUUCUGAAAAA